GGGGAAGUGAGCGGAGCUACUGGGUGGACGUGGGGUGCGGUGGUCGGCGGGGAAGGCCCCCCGCGUUUGUAAAUAAUGCCCGCGGUGCCCGCGCGACCAUGCAAUGGCGAGCGUUCGUCCUGGGGCUGGUGCUCCUCCGGCUUGGCCUCCACGGAGUGCUGUGGAUCGUCUUCGGGCUGGGGCCCAGCAUGGGCUUCUACCAGCGCUUCCCGCUCAGCUUCGGCUUCCAGCGCCUGAGAGGCCCCGACGGCCCCGAGUCUCCCGCCUCGGGGCCCGCGGGCCGGCCCGGGACGCCCGGGGGGCCGUCGGGGCCAUCGUGGCUGCAGCCGCAGGUCCCUGGGGCGGCGGCGGGGCGGCGGCGGGCUCCGCGUCGGCCCGGGCCGGACGUCUGCGGGCCAGGCCACUGGGGCUACGUGCUGGGCGGCCGGGGCCGCGGCCGGGACGAGUAUGAGAAGCGCUACAGCGGCGCCUUCCCGCCGCAGCUGCGCGCCCAGAUGCGCGACCUGGCGCGGGGCAUGUUCGUGUUCGGCUACGACAACUACAUGGCGCACGCCUUCCCCGAGGACGAGCUCAACCCCAUCCACUGCCGCGGCCGAGGACCCGACCGCGGGGACCCUUCAAAUCUGAACAUCAAUGAUGUCCUAGGGAAUUAUUCACUGACUCUUGUUGAUGCGUUGGAUACACUUGCAAUAAUGGGAAAUUCAUCCGAGUUCCAGAAAGCAGUCAAGUUAGUGAUCAACACAGUGUCAUUUGACAAAGAUUCCACCGUCCAAGUCUUUGAGGCCACGAUAAGGGUCCUGGGAAGCCUUCUUUCUGCCCACAGAAUAAUAACUGACUCCAAGCAGCCCUUUGGUGACAUGACGAUUAAGGAUUAUGAUAAUGAGUUGUUGCAUAUGGCUCACGACCUGGCCGUGCGGCUCCUCCCUGCCUUUGAAAACACCAGGACAGGGAUCCCCUACCCUCGGGUGAAUCUAAAGACAGGCGUUCCUCCUGACAGCAAUAAUGAGACGUGCACGGCCGGCGCUGGUUCCCUGCUGGUGGAAUUUGGGAUUCUGAGUCGACUGCUGGGGGAUUCCACGUUUGAGUGGGUGGCCAGGCGAGCCGUGAAAGCCCUUUGGAACCUGCGGAGCAACGAUACGGGAUUGUUAGGCAAUGUUGUGAACAUUCAGACGGGCCAUUGGGUCGGAAAGCAGAGUGGCUUGGGUGCCGGACUGGACUCCUUCUAUGAAUACCUCUUGAAAUCGUACAUUCUCUUUGGAGAAAAAGAAGACCUAGAAAUGUUUAAUGCUGUAUAUAAGAGUAUUCAGAACUACUUAAGAAGAGGUCGGGAAGCCUGUAACGAGGGGGAAGGGGACCCGCCCCUCUACGUCAACGUGAACAUGUCCAGCGGGCAGCUGAUGAACACGUGGAUCGACUCUCUGCAGGCGUUCUUCCCAGGACUGCAGGUUCUGAUAGGAGACGUGGAAGACGCCAUCUGCCUGCACGCCUUCUACUACGCCAUAUGGAAGCGCUACGGGGCCCUCCCCGAGAGGUACAACUGGCAGCUGCAGGCCCCCGACGUGCUCUUCUAUCCACUGAGACCUGAGCUGGUGGAGUCUACGUAUCUCCUCUACCAGGCAACCAAGAAUCCCUUCUACCUCCAUGUAGGAAUGGACAUUCUGCAGAGUCUGGAAAAGUACACAAAAGUCAAGUGCGGCUAUGCUACGCUGCAUCAUGUCAUCGACAAAUCCAAAGAGGACCGGAUGGAGAGCUUCUUCCUCAGCGAGACCUGUAAAUACUUGUAUCUGCUCUUUGAUGAGGAGAAUCCAGUACACAAAUCUGGAACCAGAUACAUGUUUACAACUGAGGGACACAUUGUAUCUGUGGACGCACAUCUCCGGGAGUCACCCUGGAAGGAGUUCUUUUCUGAAGAGGGAGGGCGGGACCCAGUGGGAAAGUCGGGGCACAGGCCGAGACCUCAUGAGCUAAAAGUCAUCAACUCCAGCUCCAAUUGCAAUCGUGUUCCUGACGAGAGGCGAUAUUCCCUGCCCUUAAAGAGCGUCUACAUGCGACAGAUUGACCAGAUGGUUGGCUUGAUUUGAUCUGCUCUCCCCUGUGUGGCCUCAUCUGAAACUGGACCUAAAACAGCUGAACCCAGGCCAGGCUGAGACCCAGUCCGAAGUGGAGGAGGCUAGGCGUCUGGCUGUCCACGAUGGUGUAGGAAUCUCUGUCCAGCUCCCCAGCCGCACCUGGUAGAUUCUUGGAUACUUUAGCGUUUCUCUUCUGUUCAAUAAAAUGCCCUGUUUGUCUUAAGGAUAUACUUUGAAGUGAGAAGGUACGUAGGAGUUGGCUUCUUACGACGUGCUGAUGUUACUGUGCACCGUGGAUGGGCCUCUUUGGCUGGAUCUCCAGACCUUCCUACUGUGGAAUCCGUCGAGUCUUCUCUGCCGGCGCUUGUCGACCGCUGCCUGGCCGCCUCUCUGCCAGAGGAAUGUGAAUGAAUUUCUGUGCAGCAGGGCCUGCGGUUCCCCUGACAUCCCUGUUUACUGCAUUUUGUCAUCCUCUCUCUCUGAUUGGAUAAUUGGGCUGUCUCCCAGGUCUCCACCCACGAUUGUCGGUCACAUGGGGAAAAAUCAUCCAGCUAUGCAUUUGCGCCCCAUGCAGUUCGUCACAGUGUUGACAGGUUAUUUGCUCACGAAUUUAUCCGAAUUCUAACAGGCAGUCUCUUAAGUUGUCGCCUCACAGUUUAAGAGCUUAACAGGUAGAUCUUUUGGAUGGUGUUCUACAUUUAUUAUGAACUCACCUGAGGAUCUCCCAUAGUUUCAGAACCAGGUGCCUUUCAAGGGAGAGAAAAAUACCUAUGAUCGUCUGAGCUUUCAUCUGUCUUAUAUUUACUAACCAAGGAUUAUCAGUUCCGACCAUGUUUGGGUUGGAAUUGUUUCGUUUUUGUUUCCUGUGUCUAGUGCCAAUCAGCUAAGUCAGGGAGAAAGAAAUGAUCAGAUGACUUUCUGGCAUCCUUGAGCCAUUUCUCUGUGCAAUGCAGGCUUUUGAUGGGUGCCUUAUACUCUUUUGGUUUGGGCCACUGGAUGUCACAGCUGCUGCUGUGAUUUUAACCGCCUUGUUUUGUAUUGCUACAUGGUGUGACCACAGCGAAAGGGGCAUGGGAUGGAUAUCAGGCAGGUUCUGGAAACUUCUUGGUCAGUCCUUGCCUUUCAACCUGAUAUUUUAAGCAAGCAUACAUAAAGAGGAAGUUGUGCUAAAACGCCUCUUUUCUUUGUUGGUAUUAUUUCUUUAGUGAGCAUGGAACUGUGUCUCUUUGAACUUGUGCAGAGGGCUCAGAGAAAGCAGAGGUGGGUUUGAACCCUGAGCUUUGGCUUCCCUGUAACGUCAGAGGUUGAAAUGAACCUCAAUAGAAAGGGUAGGAAGUCUCUUAAAAACCUCCAGUUUCACCUGUCGUGUGGCUCACCCGUCACCGCUAGGAUACUUCAAAUGAUUUUAUUUUAGUCUUUUUAAAGCUAGAAAGGAAUGCUGUGUAAGCCAUUGCAUUUUCAGUCAAAAGGGAGGAAUUUUAUUCUUGAAAAUUUAAGUGUUGCUGGUUUUAAAAUAGAUAUCUAAUUCAGUUCUUUGAGGUUUUUAGAAGAGGGAUUUUCAGUAAUAAACGUCACCUCUGUCUUUUAAACAUUUACUGUGCAAAUGUUUUAAAGGAAAAAAAAUCAAAUGCUUCUGUUUUACAUUUUUUCUUCAUUUCAGAAGCAUUCUGUUUAUCAACAUUGUCUCAUCUACUGAACAGAAAAGUUUCUUUGAGAAUACUCUAUAUAUUUAAAAUAUUUUCGUUGCCUCAGUCAACCCAAAAUAUCCCCUUUUAAAGACACACACCUGCAUGAGCAUCCCUGCACCUGUUCUCCAGGUAAACCAAGGUGGGACUAUAAAUGAGCUGUUUGGGAGAAUGGGGCACCUCAGGGAAGAAAGUGGGCCCUUUGUGAUCACACUGUUAGGUUAUCGCACCCCAAUGUUCCCCCUCCUCUGGGCUCAGGUAUCCCAUCUCCCUCCCGCUCUGGAACAGGGACCUGGGCCUGAGUGCCACAGAGGCACCUCACGGCUACAGGCUGGCAUGAGACAUGUUUUGUAUUAAGUCUCAGACCUUCUUGGCUUCCAGGCACUGGACUUGUACCACUCGUGAGUCCGAGGGUGAGCGACCCAUUCUCACCCUGGUUGCUGAGCUUCCAGACUGCCCAGUCUAAAGUUGGAUGCCACGUAGUCAGUGACUAGAUGCCAGAGUGCCCGCCUCGUGGCUAGUUACAGAGAAGGGCCUUUGAGCCACGUUCAAAACUUGCUUUCUCUUUAAAGGUCAGAGUGUCAACAACUGUGAUAUGUCCUUCAGGGUCUUUGCUGUUUCUUCUGCGUCGUGGGAGAUCAGGAAGGCGAGGGCUGAGGAGGGGAGUGUCAGAGAAAUUCCCUUGUGAUUUGCCCUAGGAGCACCCUGAUUCCAAACAUUCCAUGCUUUGGAACAGCUGACAGCUUGCGCCAUCCUUGCAAUCCUGUGUGUAGCUAAUGUCUAGACUCUGCUUUGGUUCACACAAUGAAAGUGGUUUUGCCAAACCUUUGUGGGAAGCUACCUUAUAGCUACCUUUGUGGGUGGAGUCUAAAUCUCCCACCACAGAGUUCUAAAUUGUUCCAGGGUAGGCUUCGCUGGCUGAGAUGCUGUGACUGAGGAACUCCAUUUCCUGGAGGAGGAGGUGACGAAGGAAGUGUUUGCUAGCUCUCCAAUUGUCCUGGCCUUUGUGGAAAUCCAGCUUCCAUGUUCAAAUCUUCCCUUCAGAACUUGGAAAUCUUCCGUCAGAACUUGCUCUGUGUGACUGCUCUGUGCAACUGAAUCCCCAGGUCCUGAGGCUGUCCUGGACCAUGGGGCGUGUGCACAUCAGUCCAGUAGUUUUCUGUGUGUUUAUGCACCAGGAUGGUGUCUGUGCAGAUGGAAAUUAGCUCCCUGGCUGGAUACGUGCAAUCUGAGGGUCUCAGCUUGAUUCCUCUCGCCUCCCUGCUGUGUCCUCCACCAAAGAAAAACAUCCCUCUCAGCUAUUUUCUUAGCUCAGUUACUGAAUGAAUUCAAACUGUAAUCCUUCACUUUGGGUUUUGUAGACAAAAUAUCAGAAAUUCUUUUUUUCUAGAGGUCUUUCUUUCUUUUUGCCGACCGCAAAUUUAAUGCUGGUGACCAGGUCGGGCCGGAUGAUUGCCCCAGCCCUAGAGUGGCUGAGCAGGGACUUUAGAAAAAAAAAAGUCUUGAUCUUUCUUUCGUUUUCCAUUCCCAGACAUCCAGCUCCUUCUCUAGUGCCUGUUCCUGCAGGGCAGGGACUCUUGUGAAAGUGAGAAGGUGAGUCGGCUGGGCUGUGUGUCCCCAGGUUUUGUAGGGCUCAGGGUUAGUUCCCCCUUGAAUUUACAUGUGAAUCUGGCGAGAAUGUUAAGUACCCGUGGACCUUCUUGAUUUGUUACCCCCCUUCCCUCUUACUGAGAGGCAGAGAAAUAAUAUUUUUAAAGGUAUUUUGUUUUAGUUUUAAAUAGCAAAACACAGGCUGCAUUUUUAUUUAUUAUGCACAAGAAAGGUAAAUAUGUUUUUACACACACAAAAAAAUCUAGAGUUGGAAACUCUGGGAAAAACCUAUUGAAAUAUACAAAUGCUUCUCUCUGUAACGUGCAAUAUGCUUUGCAACUAUAGAUGAUAUUUUAUGUUUAAUCUGUAAAUAAGAAAUGUAUUUAAAUUAAAAGGGAGCUUUUUUUAAAAGGACCAAAUGUUCUUUAUAAAUGUACUAAGAAAUAUCUUGCUCUUUGAAAUUUAUUAGGAUUUUUAUGAGUAAUUUUUAUUAAAAGAUUCUUUUUUUUUUGAGU